UCCAAAUGUCCUCGGGUGCAUUGAUGGUAUGCACAUCAAAAUUCAGGCACCUUCAGAAAAUGAACCAGAUUUCUUGAAUAUAAAAGGGUACCAUUCUCUAAAUGUACAGAUGAUCUCCGAUGGCAAAUUUAGAAUUUUGAACUGUGUCGCCAAGUGGCCUGGAAGUGUACAUGACAGCAGGAUUUACCGAGACAGUCAUAUAAGCAUUGCCUUUGAAAAUGGACAAUAUCCAGGACUACUCUUGGGGGACUCUGGUUACCCUUGCAAACCCCACCUAAUGACACCGUACCCUGUCACUUCAAAUGAUGCGGAAGCAAGAUUUAACAAUGCUCACGCUAGAACCAGAGUUGUCAUCGAACAGACCUUUGGCAUCUUGAAGAAGAGAUUUCCAUGUCUCCACAGCGGCUUAAGAACAACUCCUGAAAAGGCGUGUGAUAUCACUCUGGCCUGUGCAGUUUUGCACAAUAUAGGAAUAGAUCAUAAUGACAUACUGGAUAUUGAUGAUGGCGUAUAUAUCAACCAAGGGGAUGUAAAUUUUAAUGUUAGGGAUCAGUGGGAUGGCAAAGAUGUUAGAAAUUACAUAUGUAGGUCGUUUUUUUCAUAAAGUAUUAUGCCACAACUGUAUCCCUGG